GAGAAACAAAAGUUUUUGUAUAAGCCAAAUCCCAAUAUUAUAAACGAGGGAAGGGGUCACUUGUCAAUCUGGUAUAUCGAAAACCCUAAAUUGAAUUUGAAUCAGCAUCAUGCAGCAGGGGGGAGGAUCUGACACGGAAGUGACAUGGGAGGACCAGCAGAACAUCAACAAAUUCGGAAGGUUGAAUAAUCGCUUUCACGAGCUUGAGGAUGAGAUCAAAAUCGCUAAGGAAACAAAUGAUAAUUUAGAGGAUGCAAGCAACGAGUUGAUUCUCACAGAUGAAGAGGUGGUUCGGUUUCAAAUAGGAGAGGUUUUUGCUCAUGUGUCAAAGGAUGAAGUUGAGAACAGGAUAGAACAGAUGAAAGAGGUGACAAGCCAAAAAUUGGAAAAACUUGAAGAGGAAAAAGAAUCUGUGCUUGCUCAGAUGUCUGAACUGAAGAAAAUUCUGUAUGCAAAGUUCAAUGACUCGAUCAAUCUUGAAGAGGAUUAGAAACUUUCUUUUUAUUGAUAGAUUUCUUCUUCUUGUUCUUUUGUUAAUAUGAACUAAUGGACCUUUGGCAUUUUUGAGUCGUGUUGUCUCUUUUCUUUCAGUUUUAGAAUGUAUGUUGUCUUGCUUGAACCCCUUUUACUCGUUGGCUUCCGUUUCUGCUUUUUUUUUUUGUUGCUUCUUAUUCUAUGUGAUUUUUUUUUUCUUUCUUUUAUUGUGUUCUGAAGGGAAAAACUGCCAUUUUGGUUUGAGAAUAUUAAGAUGCUUGAUUUA